ACACACUCUUGCACUGGCUGGACUGCCUUAAGACCUUCCUCCUGUGUUGUAAAGCCAGCAAGAAAGCAAGGAUUGAACUACUCUGAGCUCUCGCGUCUCCUGUGAAGGACACCAGAUUCACCCAACUUUAGAAACAUCCUGAGAACAAAAGAACAAAAGACCUGGGCUGUGGUGUCAGUCCCAGAGUGUGUGGUGUCUACUUGCCUGGUCUCCACCUCAUCCAGUCUCACCAGGGGAGUGUUUGCAGGUGAAGAUGAACAGUGGAAUUCUCUUCUUCUCCCUCCUUGGCUUCCUGCCACUCGUGAUACCCAUAUGCCCUGUGCCAUGCAAGUGUGCCACCAACAUUAUCGACUGCACAUCAAAAGGCCUAACUGUAGCAAAACUACCAGUUACUUUCCGCUCUUCAGCUGAAAUUAUCCACCUUGGUUACAACAGGCUCACCUCUAUUCCCAAUGGGCUCUUUGACAACCUGAAGAGCCUCCAGGUAGUCUACCUGCAGGGCAACCCUUGGGAAUGCAACUGUGACAUCCUCUACUUGCGCUCCUGGCUCCAGUGGCAGCAGAACCGGACCUUAUACAGGGAUGUGAGAUGCAGCUCCCCAGCUCACCUGCAGGACCGGAUCAUUGCCUAUCUGACAGAAGACGAGAUCAUCUCCACGUGCCAGUACUGGUACUGCAGCCUGGCUCUCCUCUCUCAGCUCUGUCUCUUCAUCUUCCUUUUCCUCCAGGGUAUCUUGGUUAUCUUCAUCAUUGUCUACCUGCAGAAAUUUCGGAGAAUGACCGCUGAAGCCCAGAGCACCACCCGAGAUCUACACCAGCAUGUAGACACCUGGAUAUCUUCUUCAAGAAGCCCCUACAACAGUGAUUAACAUCACAAGACUGAAGACCCUCCUGCCCCUUGGGUGUUGCUGUGCCAA